GCGAUCAUGUGAAGUUACCGACCACCACCUAGGCGCAGGUGCGACUGAACUUCCGUCAAUAUUUUACCUAACAAGUUUUUGUUAUAUUAUAUGUGUUGAUAAAUUGCCAAUUUUUGGCUAAUUAAUUUAAGAACUACUUACUGAACAUUUCGAGCGAAAAAACGGGAGGAAUUACCGUAUUUAAGGUUUUCGACGUUAUCCAGCCCUUCUGAACGAGUCACUGCUUGCAAUUGAAAUACUUACUCAUUUGUUAAAGCGAAUUCUGCUAUAAGUUUUGCUCUUUGGACGCUUCCGAUAAGUUUUGUCCGUUCUUCUUAUACUCUUAUACUGCCAUUGUGACUGCAGACAAAGUUCCCUUAACAAGUUUCUCCUUUGGUCGAACAUCUCCUCUUUGUACUCCUCGUCAUCUUUUCACGGACACUCAAUUAAACUUGAUCUGUUCUGUUACUUGCUAUUUUUUGCCGACAUUAAUCCGUGAUAUUUUGAAUAUCUGUGUCUGGACUCUGUAUCAUUGAAGCUACCACUAUGGAAAAGCAUUACUACGUUCACGACUUUACAGGCACUUCCCCAAUUACGCUUCCGCCGCCGAUUCCCACAGGUUCUCAAGUAAUGUACGUGAAUGACGAGGCUACGACUACCGUCAAUCCAAUCUCGUCAAACGAUUACAAUCUGCCUCCCAUUAAAAACAUUCCACAAAAACCUGCGGCUUCAGACAGCACGUCGUCUUCUCCUGCAAGCGUGAACAAAUCCAACGGUCCGAGUUAUGACAGUUGGUACGAGGCUCGUAAAAUGAGCCAUCGGGAGGUGGAACGUCGGAGACGCGAAACCAUAAACGAAGGUAUUCAGGAGCUUGCUAAAAUUGUUCCUGGUUGCGAGAAGAAGAAGGGAAGCAUUAUCCAACGCGCCAUCCAAUACAUUAACACUCUGAAAGAAAAUGAAGCAAUGAACAUUGAGAAAUGGACACUGGAGAAGUUUGAGGCGGAGCAGACAAUUCAGGAGCUUUCUCGUGCAAACGAAAAGCUGAAGAAUGAAUGCGAACGUGCUUGGAGAAGCGCGAAUAUGUGGAAACAAACGGCAGAAAGUCUUCAACAAGAAACCCCACCGCAUGCUACAGCUACAGAAGAGAAGGACACUUGAACAUAUCGCUGAUAUGUAUUCAAUUCGUGUCCUUACGGCCGCUGUAUCUUUCUCUGGGAUUUUUAUUUCACUAUACUCUGUAAACUCUUGGUAAACUUUUGCCACACAUGUCGUUAACAGAUUCAGCUUCCUAUGCUAAAUCCGCUUACGGCAUUCUUGUCUACCUAUUCUUCCGCAUAGAACACACACAUUUUCACAUGCAUUCUCACAUCUCACGUCUUCUACUAUUGUGCUUCGCUUCUACUCCUUUGUGUUUAUUUGCUUUGUAAUGCUGCCUGUUUUUCAGCACUGUAAAUUACAAUUUGUCUGGUUAUUUUUAAAAUCGUCUUACUGAAGACGCAACAACUUCAUCUUUGUUUUCUUCAACAGCUACGGACUAAUUCACUUUAAGCUUCUUGUUCCCUAAGCGCUAUCAGUCUCGGUUAUUUUCUUAAGAAAUCCCGACUCGGCUACUCUAUCUCAAUACGUUUACUGAACCAAAGUUUCCGCCUUAAAAUCGCUAAGUGAAGAACGACGAAUUUCGGUAUUCAAAGAUAACGUAAUAUAGCGUCGGUCUAAGUCAUCAGAAAAUCGCUCAAAAUCUUGGUAGAAGGUUAUUCGGCUCACGAUACGUGAAGUGUGCUUACGUUAUCGAUUCCGCGCGCCAUAAAUUGAACGCAAGGCUCAUUCUUUAACCUCGCAGAAGCAC